CCAGUUUUACGACAAACUCCUAUGUGAGCAUCUCGAGACAACCACUGUCACGGAACCAGGAAGAAGGAAGGUGGGAUAGCCCCCCAAAAGAUACCGUCUCAAAUCAGUCGGAGAACUUUUAGGAAAUAAUGGGGCUCUUCAGGUGGAAGAUCGCAUCGGUUGUCUUGACGACUGUUUUGAGUUUAUUAACAGUUCGAGCGGAUGAACACGAGCACAAGUACGAAGAUAAAGAGGAGGUGGUUCUAUGGAUGAAUACUGUGGGCCCUUAUCACAACAGACAAGAGACUUAUAAAUACUUCUCUCUACCAUUCUGUGUGGGUACGAAGAAAACUAUCAGCCAUUAUCAUGAGACAUUAGGAGAAGCACUGCAGGGGGUAGAAUUGGAGUUCAGCGGUCUGGACAUUAGAUUUAAAGAUGAGGUGUUGCAGGGAACAUAUUGUGAUAUUGACCUGGACAAAGCUAAAAAAGAUGCGUUUGUCUAUGCCAUCAAGAACCACUACUGGUACCAAAUGUAUAUAGAUGACCUUCCCAUCUGGGGAAUUGUUGGUGAAGCUGAUGAGAAUGGGGAUGACUAUUAUCUCUGGACUUACAAAAAGCUAGAAAUCGGAUACAAUGAGAAUAGGAUCGUGGAUGUUAACCUGACCAGCGAGGGGAAAGUCAAGCUUGUUCCAAACACAAGAAUUAGCAUGUCUUACUCUGUUAAAUGGAAAAAAUCUGAUGUGAAAUUUGAGGAUAGAUUUGACAAAUACCUUGAUCCAUCUUUCUUUCAACACAGAAUUCACUGGUUCUCAAUAUUCAACUCCUUUAUGAUGGUGAUUUUCCUGGUGGGUCUUGUUUCAAUGAUUCUGAUGAGGACAUUAAGGAAAGACUACGCCAGAUACAGCAAAGAAGAGGAAAUGGAUGACAUGGAUCGUGAUCUUGGUGAUGAAUAUGGGUGGAAGCAGGUUCAUGGUGAUGUGUUCAGGCCAUCCAGCCACCCACUGAUCUUCUCCUCCCUCAUCGGCUCUGGAUGUCAGAUCUUCUCUGUUUCUUUUAUAGUUAUUGUUUUGGCAAUGAUUGAAGACUUGUAUACAGAAAGAGGCUCCAUGCUUAGUACAGCCAUAUUUGUUUAUGCUGCUACAUCCCCAGUCAACGGCUACUUUGGCGGAAGUCUGUAUGCAAAACAAGGAGGCAGGAGAUGGAUAAAACAGAUGUUUAUUGGAGCUUUUCUGAUUCCUGCCAUGGUGUGUGGCACAGCGUUCUUCAUCAAUUUCAUUGCCAUUUAUUACCAUGCAUCCAGAGCCAUCCCAUUCGGCACCAUGGUUGCAGUCUGCUGCAUCUGUUUCUUUGUAAUUCUGCCACUAAACCUGGUGGGGACAAUCCUGGGCAGGAACCUGUCUGGCCAGCCCAACUUUCCCUGCAGGGUCAACGCUGUACCCAGGCCCAUACCUGAAAAGAAAUGGUUUAUGGAACCAGCUGUUAUUGUGUGUCUGGGUGGCAUCCUUCCAUUCGGAUCAAUAUUUAUUGAGAUGUACUUCAUUUUUACAUCUUUCUGGGCCUAUAAGAUUUACUAUGUUUAUGGAUUCAUGAUGCUGGUACUGGUGAUCUUGUGCAUAGUGACGGUCUGUGUUACCAUCGUCUGUACAUACUUCCUACUCAACGCUGAAGACUACAGAUGGCAGUGGACAAGCUUUCUCUCUGCAGCAUCAACAGCAGUUUAUGUUUACAUGUACUCCUUCUACUACUAUUUCUUCAAAACAAAGAUGUAUGGCUUAUUUCAGACGUCAUUCUAUUUUGGAUACAUGGCUGUGUUCAGUACUGCUCUGGGUAUUAUGUGUGGAGCGGUUGGUUACAUGGGAACAAGUGCCUUUGUAAGGAAGAUCUACACAAAUGUGAAAAUCGACUGACAGGACGCACUACAUUGAUGUUGCGGAUCAGCCGACACUUCCUCCCGAUCGAAGCGGGCACAAAGUCUCCAUUUAUUUUGCAAGAACAGAUUGUGGUAUCUUGUACAAAAUCUAGUUUUUCAUUUUCUCAAUGAAUUCAAAGUUCAAAACAUGAUGCGUACACAAGGGUGAAAUGAAAGGUAAAAUAAACUGGUCUUUUUUUGUUUUUAUUUUAUUUUAUCUGCCUUUUUGUUUUUCCCUCUGGUGGAAAUGCAGGCCGUAAAUGCAGAUAAACGGGGAAAGAAAGUACAACACAGCAUUGCUCCUGUUUCUUAUAAAGCUAUCCCACCCGAGAACCAUUGAGCAGAUCUUUAUUAAUGCAAUAGUCUAGCUCUCUUCAGUGAAGAGGCCAAAGUGUAUUGAGAGCCUUUGUUCUAUUCUAUAUGAAUAUUGGAGAGCGGGGUCGACGUCCAUCCUCUUGCAUGUCUGUUUUGUAUUACAGAGUUGUACAAUGCCAUCAUUGUAUUGUUUUAAACACUUAUAAAUCACGCCAAAAACAUAAUGUGGCUUGCAGUUUCAAAAUACACAAAUAUGUUUUUGUUUUGUUUAUAAAAUAGAUAAACCAAUGCAAUGUGAAGCAGCCAGGUUUUAAUUCUACCUUUUAGGGGCAUCUGCUUUUUUUGUAGUUCAGAUCCAUAGACCAGAGUGGGAAAACUUGGCACAUUAGAUACUGUACAGUUCACUGUCCACAACAGAUCAUGGUGAGAUGGAUAAUUUAAAACAAUGGUUUGGUGGCAGAAUGUUUUAAUGGGUUGUAUGUGAUUUUUCUUUUUCCAGUUCAAUCUUAUGUUAUGGUUUGGGUUUGAAUGAAGUCUGCUCGAAAAAAACAACAACAACAAAAUAAUAUAUGGAGAGGUGGUGACCAUGUAUAUAACUCUAAUAUUGUAACUGUAGUACUAGGUCCCAAAUGUAUUUUGGUUAUACAGAUUUAUUAAAGGGUGUUUUUUUUCUUUCAUUUAUGGAGCGUAAGUUAAAACUUUUUUGUACUUUUUUGGUUUAGAUUGGUUGGGUGGCACAGUUACAUCUCGCCUGGGUAAUGCAUGAUUUUCUCACCAAAUCAAAAUUGUUUUUAUCAUUACUUUUAGUUAACCCCCGGUCACUACCCUUUCAUUCAGUACCUUUCAUUUGCAUCUUGUAGAACAGUCUCAAAAAUAAGUGCUUCAUUGACUUUGUGCUGCUCAUAGAGGAGAUAGUCAUCAGCUUUUUUAUUAUGUUAUUUUUUUAUUUAAAGAGUUAAAAGGCUAUUCGUUGUCUUGGCUCUCUCAUGCUUAUUUUUGUAUCCAUGAUCUGAACCAAAAUUGUGAAUGUCCGACACAAUUGAGACACACUUGCUAAAUAUCUGCAGACAUACUGUAUAAAGUGAGGUUAUUGUACACUUUACUAGAUGUUUUCAUGGUCCAGUGCAAAAACACUUGGACCAAGCUGUUGUUUUUUCCUUAUGUUUCAUUGUGUAAAUACAGUAUGUAACUAAAAAAGGUUGGAAAGUGGCAAAGCCUUUUUCUAAACCUCAUUCCUCCCAGUUUGAAGUUGAUUUCUGGUUCUUCAUGUCAUGUUUCGCGUGAAGUCUAAAAAGACAUUUUAAAUGCGAUUAUUAACUUGCUGUAAAAAGGAGAAAAAUAAAUAAACAUUGUUUUUGAGGUUA